UACACGCGCGAGUGCGUACGGAAAAGACUCGAGGAAGUCAACGAUUCUCAUACAUAUCCGAAAAUAUCUUUGAAUGAAAUAUUUACCAAUCAUAUCAAAAUUGUUAUCGUUGUGCAAAAAGCGGUCUUAUUUUUUGGCCAGCAACAUGUUUCACCGUUGAUGCGCAUGCGCCUUAAAGUAUUCUAUGCUACGUGGGUGGCCGACCAAGACGACGACUGCGACGUGCUGAAGGACAAAGAGCCAAAGCCAAAAGGACAUUUCGUAUUAUUCAACCAAUUUGAAUUAUUAUUGCCCCGGAAAAGUGCCGUGAAAUAGUGAUAACAAAAGCGAGUGUAAUAAGACAAUAAAUCACCGAGGAAUACGAGAAAACAUAUCCCCAUCGUUAACUCCCAAGGAAACCCCACCCAAAGUUUACAUAAUCCUGUCAAGAUGUCCACCGCAUCGUCGAGCAACUCCAGCGGCGAGGAGGUAGCCAAAAAGCCAGGCACCAACAAUGAGGAGAGCUCCCACCUGCUGGAAUCCGCUGAUAAUGGGGCCAAAUAUGGUUCCCGGCAAGCGGUUAAAAUUGUCAAAACCAAUGAUAAUGGACGCACCAACUCUACUCCACAUGAUCAGGAGAAUCUACUCGGCAACAUGGUGCACACGUCCACGGAGAAUAACUCCAAGAAACUGCCACAAUAUGUGGCCGCUCUGGCAGCAGCUGGUGGCGCCUUCGCCUGCGGCACCCUCUUGGGCUGGACAUCCCCAGCCCAAACGGAAAUCGUGGAUAACCACAGUGGCUAUGAUUUCCAAGUGAGCGACAACCAAUUCUCCUGGGUGGGCUCGGCCAUGACCCUGGGUGCCGCCUGCGUGUGCAUUCCCAUCGGUUUCCUCAUCAACUUGAUUGGUCGCAAGUGGACCAUGCUGUUCCUGGUCCUGCCCUUCAUCGUCGGCUGGGCGAUGCUCAUCUGGGCCGCCAAUGUUGGCAUGAUGUAUGCCUCUCGAUUCAUUCUUGGUAUCGCUGGUGGUGCCUUCUGUGUGACCGCUCCCAUGUACACGGGUGAGAUUGCCCAGAAGGAUAUCCGUGGAACGCUGGGCAGCUUCUUCCAAUUGAUGAUCACCAUUGGUAUUCUGUUUGUGUAUGCUAUUGGCGCUGGCUUGGACAUCUUCUGGGUGAGCGUCAUCUGCGGUAUUCUGCCAUUGGUCUUUGGAGUCAUCUUCUUCUUCAUGCCGGAAUCGCCCACUUAUUUGGUUGCCAAAGAUCGGUCGGAGGGUGCCAUUAAGUCCAUUCAGUGGCUGCGUGGCAAGGAGUACGACUAUGAGCCGGAAUUGGCGGAGCUGCGUGAAACCGAUCGGGAAAUCCGUGAGAACAAGGUCAAUGUGUGGUCUGCCCUGAACCGACCCGUCACCCGCAAGGCUCUAGCCAUCAGUCUGGGUCUGAUGUUCUUCCAACAGGUAUGCGGCAUAAAUGCUGUUAUUUUCUACUCGUCAAGGAUCUUCAAGGAAGCCAACACUGGCAUCGGACCCAGGUGGGCAACCAUUCUGAUCGGCAUUAUGCAGGUGGUGGCCACCUUUGUCUCCACCGUGGUAGUGGACAAACUGGGCCGUCGUAUCCUGCUGCUGGCUUCGGGCAUUUCCAUGGCCGUUGCCACCACCGCUAUUGGAGUUUACUUCUAUCUGCAGAGCCAGGAUGAGACACAGGUGGAGAGUCUGGGCUGGCUGCCGGUGGCCGCGUUGUGCAUCUUCAUCAUCAUGUUCUCGAUGGGCUAUGGACCGGUGCCAUGGCUGAUGAUGGGCGAGCUGUUUGCCACCGACAUCAAGGGAUUCGCUGGUUCGUUGGCUGGUACCUCCAACUGGCUGCUGGCCUUUGUGGUGACCAAGACGUUUGAUGACUUGAACGAGGGACUCGGUAUUGGCGGCACCUUCUGGCUCUUUGCCGGACUGACAGUUCUCGGCGUAUUCUUUGUAUUCUUUGCCGUGCCGGAGACGAAGGGCAAGAGUUUGAACGAGAUCCAGCAGGAGCUGGCCGGCAACAGGUCCAAUCCGGCACCUACUCCCGUCAACGGUGCGGAGAAGCAGUAAUGGGGUGGAGGAAACUUCCGCUUGAGGAGCGCAAAUCGCAAACCGGAAGCCGAGAGACAGACCGGAAAUCACUGUUAACUUGCCGUUAAUUUACGUUUGAUUUAGGUUCGCGUUAAGUGCAAGUCCCGUUGCGAUAGAUGGAUGAAUUUGUUUAUAGAAUUUAAUGUUCGCAUAGAUUUUCGGUUAGGCAUAGAGCGGGAGAUCCAGAGAUCGGGAGAAUUGCAGCAAACUAUAGCUAAGAGCGAAGACUGAAGGUCAACUGCAGAAAAGCCGCGCGAAAUGUUAAGCCACUGUUAACGGCCUGCUUUUGCAGCCAUAGAAAAGACAACAGCAAUGUAAGAAAAACAUAUAUAUCAUAAUGCCUAUAUGUAUGUAUAUGUAUGCUUAUUUAGUGUUACUUCACAUUCAAAUCAACGAAUUCUGUUUUUUACGAAAUUUUACUGGCAAUUUUGCAUUUCUUUUCGGGUUUAUUUUAACGUGUUUUGCAUGCAUUUGUUCGAUAUUUCGUAAUAUAUAUAUUUGUACUAUGUAUAUGUAUGUCUAUGUAUAUGAACUAUAUAUAUAUAUAUAUCUAGCUGUUUGUGUCCCAAUCGAAAGCAUUCACUUAGCAUAUAGCUCAUAUAAGUUGUAAGCCCCUUGCAAAUUUAUUUAUUUACGCCCAUACAGCGAUAGGGAAAUGUUAAUAUUUUAUUUAAUGAAACCCGAAAUAAACACUAUAUACUUUUAA